AAACUUAUUUUGAUUUAUAAUUCAUGACUGGACCUCUAGGCUCAGACACACACCUCCCUCAGUCCCUCUCUCAAAAUUGAAAAAAAGACGCCUCAACUCGCUCCGGAUUUCAAGUGCCGAUUUGCUUUUCCGGAACCAAGAUAAAGGACCAUUGCAGAUAUGGCAGAUGGAGAGGAGAACUUGCCGAGAGAUGCAAAGAUUGUCAAAACCCUUCUAAAAUCUAUGGGUGUUGUGGAUUAUGAACCUCGCGUUAUCCACCAAUUCUUGGAAUUAUGGUAUCGCUAUGUUGUCGAUAUCCUGACUGAUUCACAAGUUUAUGCUGAGCAUGCCGGAAAGUCUGCCAUUGACUCAGAUGAUGUAAAAUUGGCUAUUCAGUCAAAAGUCAAUUUUAGCUUCUCUCAGCCCCCACCACGAGAGGUCCUCCUGGAGUUGGCUAGGAACAGGAACAAAAUCCCACUGCCAAAGUCCAUAUCAGGACCAGGAAUUGCACUUCCCCCAGAUGAGGAUACUUUGAUUAGUCCAAACUACCAACUUGCAAUCCCAAUUAAACAAGCCAGUCAAGCCGUUGAAGAAACUGAGGAUGAAGAGAUGGCUGACCCAAACCCUAAACCAACCCAAGAACCAAAAACACAAGUGCCUCUGAAUGCUUCUCAGCAAGUGUCAUUUUCCCUUGGAGCUAAACGUCCAAGAGGAAGCAUAUGAAACACAUUACGCUUGCCCUUUUGUAACAUAAAUGCUUAACUUCGACAUUCUUAAUAAUUAGAUUGAGAAAUUAAUCAAUUAUGUUUAUGUUCA